AUGGCUUUUUUAUUUGAAGAAGAUCGAGGGUUGACAUAGGUAAAAGAUCCUUACCCACAUUUGGGUCCUGGAGUGUAUCAAGUUCCGGAGCAGCAAACAAAAACUGCUUAUGCUCCAUUCCUUUCAACUGGGAAGAGAUAAGUUGAGAUGACAAACAAAUAGAAAACAUAAUUCCCAGGCCCGGGGUAAUAUGAAGUUUAGUAAAACAUGGGGGAUUCAGGAGUGCAAGCAUACAUGAAUAAAAGCACCAUCAUAGUCAAAGUUUAAGGUAAUGGGAGUAGUUCCUUUAAGAGUGGAAUAGAGAGAUUUUAACAGGAUAAAAAAGUGAAGGAAAUUCCAGGUCCAGGACAUUACGACCCUGUUAAAAAUAACUCUCAAAAUAAAUAAGCUCCUUCGAUUCAAAAUUAAAAAUUAGACGAUAUUAGAAAUCAAAAUCUCAGGAGGCGAAUUAACUCUAUACCUGAACCAAAAUCAUAAAUAGGAAUGGUUUAUGAGGAUAUUGAAACUUUGGCCCAGCAUCAAAAAGUACUUUAAGAGUAAAAGAAAUAAAAAGUUGUAGGCCCAACCACAUAUGAAAUGCCAUAGACAAAACAAGCAAAAGGUAUUUCUUGGGACAAAAGCACAAAGCCUCGAUUUCAGUAAGAAUAAUCUACAGAUCUUGGACCUGGUAAGUAUAGUGUUCCUGAUGAAAAAAAGAAGAAAAACAAAUCUCCAGCUUUUCUAUCUGAAACUGUUAGAUCUUACUACGACAAAUUAAUUUACAAAACCAACAGAGAAAUUAAUGCUGGCUUAAGGAAACAAAUUAAUUACAAAGAUCAAUACUCUCCAGGACCUGGUUAAUACAACGAUGGCAGAGUGUCAAUCAAAGUUCAAAAAAAGGCCAAGGAAUUUCAAUUUUUUGGUUCCUCCUUGGAAAGAUUUAGACAGAACAAUGAAUAAUCCGUUGGUCCUGGAGAUUACAGAAUUGAAGACUCUUCAUUUGAUUAAUUGGUAAAGAAGAAAAAUUAUACCAACGCUACUUUUUUGAGUUCUACUGGCAAAGGUGAUCUAGUGAACUCAGAUGAAUAAUUGCCUGGUCCAGGAGCAUAUUAUGUUUAAAACGAUCUUUACACAGAUUUAAUUCGUAAAUAAGAUAGAGGGAUUAGUGGGUACUUGGGUGGUAAGGAGAAAAGAUUUUAUGAUAAACCUCCACUUUGUAAGGCUGGACCAGGGAGUUAUGAAAUUAAUAAAGGUGAGAAAAAGAGAGCUGUGAGUUCUUGUUUUAAAUCUUCUUCGAAAAGAGAUGCUGUGAAUAAGAGUUUUGGUCCUGAAAUUGGAUAAUAUAAAUUGGAUCAAGAAACUAUUGGAUAUAGAAUGUAAAAAUAGAUAAAAUUUUUAAAAAAUCUAUAAAAGAUUGAUGUUUAAAAACCUGGGUUUGAUUGUGCUGAACCUAGAUUUAGAGAGAAUUAAGAAAUGGUCUAUAAUAUUUCUUUUACUGAAGCCAAUCAACAACCAGUUGGAUCAGCCAAAUAAGUAACUGCUCCAUUUAAAUCACAAUAACCUCGUCUGGCAUACAUUAGAAGACAAUUCACCCCUGGAGUUGGCAAGUAUUAAGUUGACUCCAGUAAUUGGAAAAUCAAUAGUUUCAAUACGCAUUACAAUAAAUUACUAUCAGACUAAUGA